GCCUUUUCGACCCCAUCUUCGUCGAAACCUCUGCCCGAGUCGGCCCUGCAGCCACACGGUCAACUGGCUGUCCAGUUCAAGCACGGCCUUCCCUUGAUCGACGUGCCUCUGCCGUCGCGACAGGAGGACUGUCAGUUCUCGCUGCGGCCACUCAGCGACACCGUCGGCCACCUUUGCGACAACCUCCGUCGCGAGGACCACGGCCUCGACUACGUUUCCAUUUACGGCAAAGGUUUGUUUCUCCAGGAUUAUUCCAGAACCGUCUAGUGAAAAUUUCUGUUUUCCUCUGCAUUAAUUUCGAUACUAUAGAUUAAAUUAUUUCUGUUCAUGAUGGGAAAGUUUUUAGUGGCCACUAUAGAGUUUUCACGUUUCAGUGGUCAUUAUAGUAGUCAAAUUAGUGGCCACUUGAGGGGUUAAAAAGUAGUGAUCACUUUAGAGGUACUACUAGACCACUAAAAUAUUUAGGGGGUUAAAAAGUAGUGAUCACUUUAGAGGUACUACUAGACCACUAAAGGCCACUUUAGGGGCCAAUGGAUCAGCACAACUGGUCCAAUAGGCUUGUUUUAAAAUUAUCAGAGUUACUGGAAGGAACACUGGAUGAUAAACUACUGAAUUAAAUAGGAAACCUCUACAGUGGCCACUAAAACGGGAAAUAGUGGCCUUUAUAAAGGUGGGUUUAGUGACCACUUUAUUGUCCUCUCCAAGUAGUCUUUGCCGAGCUUCUAUAGUGGCCACUAAAAAUUUUCCCAGGAAAGCUGUGAACAUAUUGAGGCUCGAUCCAGCUUCUGCUAAAAAAAAAUAAGUAAAGUUUUCCGUAAAUUUCAUUAUGAAGCAGUCGGAGAAAAAGUUUAAAAUUUUAAUAUUUCGAAUCAUUUUUUGAAUUUUCCAAAAACAAGUGUUCCGUCUAGAUGGGAUCCGGAUCGCCUCUUCCACUUCGAUCGACCACCUCCUGCAGUUUGGCGAGUUCCGACUGCGGCUCAACGAUCGGAUCUACCAAGUCUCCGUCCCAUCGACCUACCAGGGCCUCGAGUUCGACAGUGACAGGUCUCGAAACUCAAAAAUAAUAGAGCGAGAUGAAAAUGAGUGUCAAAAACCAAUUGACAAAAUUAGGAAGAAGCGAAUUUAUUGUAUGCAAAAAUAGAGACAAAGAAAGUUAAAAUCAAAAGUUUCACUCUUCCCUUUUUUAGGGCGAAAAAACACGCACGUUCCAAGGAAGAUAUUAAAAACCAACCACAAAAUAAAGGUUUUAUGGUUACAAAACGAAUUUUCGGGAGAUAGAUCGCUUUCGCAACACUCCCAGAAGCGCGAAAAGUUCAAAAGUUCAACUUAAUUUUAUCGAAUUUAAAAUUUAAAAAAACUUAUGAGAUAGAGAGCGAUAACUUAAAUGAGAAGAAUUACUAUGAAAAAAAUUUCCCUGAUGAAAAAAAUAGUGUCACAUAAAAAAAGGAAGUGAUAGAUUUAGAAGGUUAGGAAUUUCAUUAAAUACAUUCGAAAAUUUCGAAACAAAUUCUUCCAGAACAAUAUCAUACAGUCGAUUGAACAAGUGAUGUUGAGCUCAUCUUUAGUGUGGCUGAAGUAAACAAUGUUUUCAUAGGACUUCUCACAGAUCAGGGUCAUGGUUGUUUGUCCGAAGGUUAGGUAUUCUGUUAUUUUCUGGCGAGUAGUAGAGGUGCAGAAGAUCUUCAUACUAGCACCUUCGAAGCAGUUGUAGCAUCCUUCUAUGGCGUUCACGACUCCAGCGCACUUCUCCUUGUCGAUGAUCUUCACGAAAGUAGCGUUUUCCAUUUCAAGUUGGACUUGAACGACGGAUUAUUUUUUUGGUCCAAACGUUGCCCUUUUUGUCGUUUUCCGCAUAUGGUGGAAGUUUCUUCUUGAAGAACCUUUUCAGCGAAACAGAUGAGCACCGGCUGUUAAUAGCAGUCCCUAAGGGGGUACAAGUACAAGCCCUUCCAGAAAAAAAGCAUUUGAAUUUUUCUGCGUCUUCGAGUGUUAUACAUUGAAGAUCUCCAAGAGUGCCUUUUUGGGGCCCUCCCGGCAGAGAGAAAGCCAUCGUGGACGACUUCGUCUUGUGAAUGAAGGUGCUGAAGUGAAUCGGCGUAGGCGGCAAAGAGAACGAUGUUGCCGUCAAGGAAACAUUGAAAAAUUUCAGCUUUUCUUUGAUCCCUGGUCGUAGACGAACCGUGUGGUUUUCUCCGUUCAUGUUCACGGGGACUUCUACCACUGAAUCCCAAGUUGGACAUUGGAAGAUCUCGUAGACGUGCGGGGAAGUUGGCUUUGCAAAGUUCCGGAAGAAGAUGCAACCAGCUGAAACAGCCGGAGCAAGUGAUGCAACCGCAACCAGCAGUGCAUCUUCUGAAGCCUGGUGACAUCUUGGCUUCGUUUUUGAGCUCCGACAGCUUCUCGUCGAUUCCCUCUUUGCUACAUCUGCGGAUUGUAGGUUCGGGUCCUCCCGUGGUCGCCAGUUUUUGUCAAAAAACAAUUGACAAAACUAAGAAGAAGCGAAUUUAUUGAAUACAAAAAUAGUGACAACGAAAGGCGAAAUCAAAAGUUUCCCUUUUAUAGGGCGAAAAAACACCCACGUUCCCAGAAAGAUAUUAAAAACCACCCACACAAUAAAAAUUUCAUGGGAACGAAACGAAUUUUCGGGAAAGAGAAAAAGAUCGCUUUUGCGACAAUGAGAAGCAGCAUCAGAAAUUAGAAAAAUGCGUUCGUCUCCAAAAAUCAAACUUAAUUUGAAAAUAAAGCUGAUGGAUUUCUGAAAAGGGAAACCAUUUCACUUUGAGGUUGGGAAUUUCCUAAAAAUCGGCCAGAACACUCCUUGAUGUAUCAGUUGAAGGAAAUUUUCCGAAACUUUCUAGUUUUUGAGAUCGAAAACUUCUAAUUUUAUGAAAACACGUAAAAGUAGGCCAUUUUGAGGUUUUAGUCCAUAUUUAUUGAAAACUAGGACGUCGAGCAGAUUCAGACUUUCAGAAUCUCUUUUGGUACAUCAAGAAUUGUUCUGGCCAAUUUUCAGAAGGUUCCCAACCGUAAAGUAGGAUGAUGUACCUUGUGAGAAGCAUUUGAGAUCUCUCUAGGGACCACUCUGGUCGAUUGCGUAGCAUUUUGUAUAAUUAGUCUGAACGUAAACGUGCGCAAAGUACAUAAAACUCGUGAAUUAUCGAUUUUUCAAGGCUUCGACGGCUGGACGAUCUGCGGACGACGGUCGCAUCUCUGCACUCGUCGCUUUGCGUCGACGAGUUCAAACUGGCCCGCGAACGCAAGAUUUUGUUGAAGCUCGAGACGGCGGAGUCCCUGUUAAGGCCCCUUCAGGAGGUUUUUCUGAAGUUUUGAAUGAAGUUAUGAGGGUUUAAUUUUUAGGAGAAGGUCAAAAUAGAGCAGGAGUGCGAACUACACACUGAGCGGUGCAUGUGGGGCGGGUUCGCCGUGAUGGGCGUUCAAAUGGGUAUGAUCCGCUCAGGGAAUUUCGUGCGAUCCGCGCGAGACUGUCACGUUCAAAAGAACAGAAAAGAAAAAGCUACCGUAAUCACAAACGUUUGCUCUACAAAACUGCCAAAAAGACAGCGAAAAACAAAAGUCUAUGCUCAAUUUUGAUCUAAUCGGUCUUUUUGGCGGGAAGAAAAACGGGACAAGCUGGUGUGGAAUGGGCUAUAUCAAGAGAAAAAAUAGUUCAUCUUUCAACAAAAAGAAAAAGCUCAGAGUAAACUCGAGUUUUUAUUACUUCCUGUAAAUUGAUAAUUUGUUUUUUUCUUUUUCAAAGUACAAAACAACUAUAGUCUGUUCGAAUUUUGAGUGUCAAGUGCAAUGACGUCAUUAUAAAAACGCUCUCUGAUUGGUUUGUCAUUUAGGGGCGGAGCUUGAGACUUGAGAAAAAGGCUCUGUGGAUUAAUUUGUCAUUAAGGGCGGAGCUUGAGACUUGAGGUCCUGAAUCUGGAUGAACCAUAACUUUAGCUCUAACUCAAGUUUAAAAUUUUCUUUGUAAGCGUCUUGAGUUUAAAACUAGUCAAGAGUAGAAACAUUUCAUAUUGAAAAUGUGUGUAGCCACGAUUUUUAAGUUUUGAUCAAAGUUGAUCAUUUUGUGAGCCGAAAAUCCAAAAUUAGUUUUUUAUAGUCACUUCGAAGCUCGCCGUGCGUUUGGAAUGAAUCAUAUAGUUUUCUUUCCGACUAGGGAACGUUCUCAGCUCACAUUGGGACUUUUUGAUGAGAAAAGACUUACUGAAUGUAGCUUUUUACGAUGAUUCCGAAUCUUUGCCUAAAAGCUGCCUACAAAGCCUGUGAAAAAAGUUGGGGACUGCCAAAUUCGAAAAAAUUUGUCUCUUUUCGAGCUCAUUUUUACAUUUCACAUAUAGUUAGCCUAGUCUCAUUCAGAAGUCCCACUGUGAGGUAGGAGCAUUCUUUAGUUGAUUUCAAAAUCAGAUAUAUGGUCCAUUUGAUUCGCGAUAAGAAAUAGACACGAUUUCAACUGAAAACAUUCGAAAUGUUAAGGUUUAUUCGCCAGACUAACCUGGUACGAGUACUCCUGGGACAUUAUGGAGCCUGUCACUUAUUUUGCCACCUAUUCUACGGUCGUCGCCACUUUCGGCUACUACUUGUACACUCGACAGGUUUUCAUUAUCCUGCGUGUAGAAAUUUAUGAAAAAUCCCAGUCGUUUGAAUACACCUCUGUCCGGGACCGAGUCUACACCAAACAGUUCUACAGAAGGGCUCUCAAGAGGAAUUUCGAUGUCGAGCGGUAUAAUCGACUUGUUACCGAGGUGAAUUAUUGCUUAUAUUCGAUUUUUGGUGCUCUUAUCAGAAUUUGGUUGUAAGUAAGCAUCGUCGUUAACUUUAUACGUCUGAAACUCUUCUUUUCGCACACUAUUUCGCUUUCUAGAUUAAACCGGGCAAUAAGUUAUAGCGUUUUGAAUUCCAGCUUUUCAAACCUUAUAAAAUCUUACUUCAGAAGUUUGAGAUCUAUGGAAAGAUAAAUGUAGUACCCGGGCAAAGGGUGGAUAAUGAUCCCUAAAACCGAGAGGCUCAAAAAAGGCAACAAAAGGAGUCCCUUUAUCGAGCCUCUCAUUUUUUUUUUUCUAGAACUGGAAAGGCUCAAAAAAUGGUGGAAAAAGGGAGAGACAGCAAAAAUGGUGCAAAAAGGCGGAAAAAAGGAGCCUUUGUAAUCCUAAAAGGGACAUUCGUAUGAAGCCUUUUUCAAACCCUUCCGAUUUUUAUUUGUAAAAAAAAGUAAAACGUAGAUUGCACGAUCUAUUCGCCAAGGUGUCCACAAGACGUGAAAAUUUUUUGAUUUUCCUCGUUUCCUCGUCAUUUUUCCUUCCUUUAUGGCUUAUUUUCCUCUUUUGUGUCUUAAUUUUUUUUUUGAAUAAGAAAGAAUUUCUUUCCUGUAUAACUUUUUCAUAAUUGCCCCUGUUCAGGUGGAAGAACUGCGGAAACAACUGAGCCGAAUCCGAGACCCACUCUUUCAACAUUUGCCCGUCAGCUACUUGUCGAACCUCGAAGAUGAGCUUUCCGAGAGAGCUAACCCCAAAUAA